AUGACCGGGCCGCCGUCCUCUUCCUACCCCGGCCAGGUCCCGCCGCCAGCCGCCGUGGUUUCGCCGGAAAACGAGGAGAAAAGCUCCGGUUUUGACAGAAAAUUCGCCGGCUUCGUUCUCCGUCGUCCGGCCGCCAUUUUUGGCGAUCAAGGUAUGGAAAUUCAUCCCUUCUGCAUGAUCUAG